CUCGGCUGGGCACCGCUUCCGCUCGGCGGCCGCAGGGUUGCUGCCUCGUGGGCCCACCAGGGUAGGCUUCCCGAGGGCUUUGUCUGGCUGGGCCAGGGCAGGAUGGGGGUUCUGGUGGCACUGUGGGGAGUGCUGAGCUUCCUGGGGGUGGCUCCGGGGGGCUCCCCUGCCCUCCACUUGCACAGCACCUCCUGCCACUUGGCCAGGCCCAUCGCCAGCAUCUCUUUGGGAUCCCUGAGAUUCCUGGGCGAGGAUGUCCAGGGACUAGCCCUGUUCCAUGCCCGCUGGGAUGGGCACGGGAGAUUGCAGGUGUGCAGCCGGCAGGAUGAACCAGAGCUCACUGCAGCCUUCGGUGCGCUCUGUGCUGGUGAGAUCACCCGAGGCUCCUUCAUCCACACCCCUGGACCUGAGCUGCAGAGAGCCCUGGCCAUCCUUCAGAGCCAGUGGGAGGUCUGCCAAGGGCCUGCUCAGAGUCCAGCGGGGACCAGGCAGAAGCGAGCAGCAGGGCGGAGUGGAGCGCCUGGCAUCGGGCACCAGCGGGUGAAGAGGGGCUGGACUAUGCCUGGCACGCUGUGGUGUGGAGUUGGGGACUCUGCCAGGAAUUCCACGGAGCUAGGGGUCUUCCAGGGCCCUGAUCUCUGCUGCCAGGAACACGACCACUGCCCCCAGACGGUCUCACCCUUCCAGUACAACUACGGCAUCCGGAACUACCGAUUCCACACCAUCUCCCACUGCAGCUGUGAUGCCAGGUUCCAGCAGUGCCUACAGAGCCAACGGGACUCCGUCUCCGACAUCGUGGGCAUGGUCUUCUUCAAUGUACUGGCGAUCCCCUGCUUUGUGCUGGAGGAGCAGGAGGCCUGUGUGGAGUGGUACUGGUGGGGCGGGUGUAGAAGGUACGGCUCUGUGCCACUUGCUCGUCUCCAGCCCAGGACCCUCUACAACGCCUCUUGGAGCUCCCCUGCCACCCCAACUCCCAGUCCCCAGAACACAGCCCCAAGCCAGCCUCAGCCGAUACAGCAUCCUCAGACGUGGCCAGCACAGCAGAAAGAGUCCAGGCACCCCAGUCAAGCCAAGGCCACAGCCCUCCAGGCUCCUGCAGCCUCCGCUGGGCCUGCCAUGCUCCCCAGAGUCCAGCUGGAGGUCACCAAUCCAGGCCUCCAGGGGCCUCGGGGUGGCCUAAAACCUCAGGGUAUCCGCCGGGCCUGCCGCAGCUUCCGCCGCCUGGACCAGUGUGAGCAUCAGAUUGGGCCCCAGGAGACCAAGUUCCAGGUGUUCAACAGCGCCCGGGACCCCUUCUUCCACUGCAACUGCACGCGCCGCCUGGCCCGCUUCCUGAGGCUCCACAACCCACUCGUGGGCGCCACCGUGCUUCGGGAGCUGCUGGGCAUGACCUGCUUCAAACUGGUCCCUCCGCUGGACUGUGCUGAGGACAAAGGCUGUUCCAGUGACCCCAGGGCCAUCAGAGUGUCAGCUCGGCACCUGCGGCGACUUCAGCAGAGGCGACGCCAGCUCCAGGGGACGGGCGCACACCACAGGCAGGCAAGGCCUUCAGAGCACCCAAACGCCUCCAUGUCAUUCUACGACCGGUGCCUGCAGCUGACCCAGGGAGCCAGAGGACCCAGAGGACAGCAGAAACCCUGGAACCAGUGACCUCACUUCUUGUUCUCCUGGGCACUAGAUUGGACCUUGUCCUGGCUUUGCUGGGCCCUGGGGUGGGUCUCAGCUUCCCCUCCAUUGUGAGACUGAAGUGUGGACAGACAGAGGGCCGCACGGAGGGCUGUGGGGGCCAAGGCCCAAAUGCUGGACCGUGCCUCCUGCUGUGCUGAGCGAUCUUGGGCUGGUGACACAAACUGUCUGUGCUUGGAUGUGGUAUUCAGGAGGCUCAUUCUGCUGCCCCAGGCUUGGGCCUUCCCAGGGAGUUAACAACCAGAUGGGAAAGAGGAGAAGGUAACAUUGCAGGAGCCCCGGGAAGUACCAGGAGGAGGUACACGUAUGCUCAUGUUGUGAAACUAACACACAUCUCCAAAGAGUUGUCCAGGAAGGCCCCAGAGCCUGCCUGCUGAGGUCUGGGGGCAGAGGGUGGUGAAGGAGGGAUGUCACAGAAGGGCAUGUGUCUGAAUACAGGAUGGGGGAGCUAGAGAGGGGCUUCUUAAUUCCCCUCCUCCCCAGGGGACCCCCUUCUAUUAACAGCUGCUAUGCCCUUCCCAGCCCAGCCCUGGUCCAUUCUUUCUGCCCUAAACCUAAAUUCAGACCUUCUCUAUGCCCUUGAGCAAGAGACCUCCUUCACUCUGAGCCUUAGUUUCCUCCUCUGAGAAAGAGGGGUGUAGACAGGAGCUACCUCAUAGGGUUGUUGAGGAUUAAGUGAACCAACUCGCAGACAGCACUCAGCACCCAGUAAAUGUUCUCUCCCUCCAACGCCCAGCCAAACUGCACUUAGAUGACUGAUUUUCAAAGGUACACAGAACCUCUUGGAGGCCUCAGUUUGCUCACGUGUGAAAUGGGGCUAAGAACUGCACUGAAGUCAGUGCCACAACUCAGGCUUAGGUGCCGAUUAAAGGAGAUGGCAUGUGUGAUG